CUCCAAAGCAAUAGACUGACAUCUAAAUUAGCGGUACUUUUACAUUAGCAAAUUGCGACGAAAUACGUUUUGUUGUACAGUACUGUACAAGUCUUCGAGUAAUGCUAAUAAAGAAAAGGAAUCUUGUGAUAUAAGCUACACACUUCUUUUUUUUUUAAUUGUCAUUGACAACAGUGAUUGAAGCGGCUACAUAUCUGCCACAAUCUGUCUGCGGUUGCAUUUUGCAAUUGUGUUUGCAAAACUGUUCACUUAUCCAUUUUCGUGCUGCUCAGGGGAAGAGUCGCUGAAUGCGAAGACGGACAGCGAGUUCCUGAUGGCGUUCCUUCGCUUCAGCCGCAUGAAACACAAGCGUGCGUUCGAGUUCCUGAAGCACUACUACGACUCCAAGAGGAAGGAGGUCGAGCUGUUCCGCAACCUGAUGCCCUCGGAGCUGGACCACGUGUUCUCCAGGAACCUCAUCGGUCUGCUGCCCGACAAGGACAAGAAGGGCCGCUUCAUUCUCGUCCUCAGGGCGGGCGCCUGGAACCCCGACCAGGUGUCGUUCAUGGACGUGGUGCGCGCCAUCCUGCUGUGCUUCGAGUAUAUCAUGACGAAGAAAGCGGCGCAGGACAACGGCCUCAGCAUGCUCUGCGACUUCGACGGCUGGGGCUACAGCAGCAUCCUAGCAGUGCCCAGUACGCGAAUCGGUGGCAUCUCCAAAGUCUUUCCCGGCUACCCCGUGAGGAAAAAGCGCGUUGACAUCGUGAAGCAGCCUUACAGCUUCAACAUAUUCUUCAAGAUGAUCACACCUUUCCUAGACGCUGCGUCAAUCGCAAAGGUGCACUUGCACGGCACAGACACCAAGGCGCUGCACAAGCGGUUCCCGGCCAAGAUCCUCCCCAAGGAGUUCGGAGGAACCAAGGGCCCCUUCGACGCCUCCAUGUGCUACGAGAAGCUCAAGAGGAAGGAGGCUGCGUUCGCCGAAGACUUCGAGUACGGCUACGUCUAG